CAAAAAGUAAUCAGUUACAUUACUUUAAUAAAGUAAUUGAAAAGUUACACUACUUAUUACAUUUUAAGUAGGGUAACUUGUAAUCUGCAACCUAUUACAGUUCCAAAGUAACCUUUCCAACACUGCUUACAACAGAUGCUUGUAUUUAACAGGGACUGUCUGAAGAAUAAAUAAUGUUAGAAUUAGAAAUGUAGCUUGUUUCCCUCUAUCAAAACAAUUGCGUAACAUACAUGUGCCUCAUCUUGACUAUAUCGUGUUGUUUCAGUCAUACUGAAAUAUAGAAAGUGUAUAUACAACAAGCAUUGAUGUAUAUACAAGAUGAGGCACAUUAACUUGUUUUUUCUGCUUUUAUAAAGUGUAUUAACAUGGAAUUAUUUUUCCUGUUUUAUGUUCUUGUUUGAAUUUGACUUAUGUUUGUCCUUUUGAAAGAAAACUUUUUAAAGCUCUAUAUUAUCUAAAUAUGCCAAAGUGGAUUGAAGGCUGAUUUCAAAUGUUAUAUUGAAUAACAUAGAGUGAAAUGUUGUUAAUUGAUAAUUGCUCUUUACUGACAUAGACAUGUGAUGGAACUAAAUACUUCACUAAAAUAUUUUACAAGUUUCUUAAAACAUGACUGUUGUGGUUUUCAUUUGUCAGAAGUAUACGUUUGCAUACAUUUUGCUGACCCUUAUGAUUCAAAGAAUUAAAUGCACAUGCAAUAGAAACAUAAAGAUUACAUCAUCUGUCACAACGUCUUAUGUUUUUGUAACCAGUUUAGGGAUUGAAAUCACUCCUCUGUAGGUUUAGGGUGUUUGACACAUUAUAGGCAACGUGCUAAAGAUCACAACUCAUCUGUGAAGACUGUCAUCCACAGUGACUAAUGGAGGACGAGGAUGUUUAUCAAAAUGUUGAACACAAAGACAUUAAGGACACAUUUGGACCUCAAACACAGAAUCCCAGGCAGGCAGAAGGACAAACUCAAAAAUGCAGAAGUAGAUGUUUGGUGUUGAUCACAGUGGGUCUCGGGCUCAUUUGUGUUCUUCUGCUGGUCUUCAUCAUACUGCAGCACAUCACCAUCACAGCAGAGAGAGACCUGAUGAAGAGCUUACAGGACAAUAACACGGAUCUAAUGCAGAAGAAAGGUUGGUUUUUUAUGUCCAAUGAGUUCAAGAACUGGUCUGACAGCAGGCAGUACUGCAGGGAUCGUGGUGCUGAUCUGGUCAUUAUCAACACUGAAGAGAAGCAGAGACUCAUAUCUUCAUUCACCACAGAGAGUGUUUGGAUUGGUUUGUCUGACACAGAGAACGAGGGCAACAUGACAUGGGUGGAUAAUUCACCACUGAAACAAGGGUUUUGGGUCAAGGGUGAGCCAAAUAACCUUGGUGGAUAUGAGGACUGUAUUGAACUGAAUCCUGAAAAACCUAUCCUGAGCAACUGGAAUGAUCUGUCAUGCUCAAACACACGAAAAGGGAUUUGUGAGAAAUACAAGUAAAAUCAUGACAAGCCUAUGUAUUUCUCAGUAUUAUCGUAUGGAGUCAUUCUUAUUGUGAUAUGAGAAUGUAUCAUUUCUGAUUGAGUUUACUGUCUGUUUUAGUUUAUUUCAUCAUAUUAACGGCUGGGUACUAUGGCACAACAAACCUCUUAUGUGUUGCUCCAUUAUAGCAGCAUGUUAAUAUAUGUCCUUAUUUCAGCUGAGUCUCAUUUGUUGGUCUGAAGUGUUGAGGUUGCAAUUAUUCGUCCGAUUAUGCUGAUAUUAAGUGUCUGUGCAACUGCUUUUGAUUUACAUUGCUUUCUUUUUUAAUAAAACUGUUGAU